GGAUACAAAAGUAGCAAGAAAGUGCUUUCACGGGCAGUCCGAAGUGCGCGUGGGAAGAACGUGCCAGUAGAGCGCGCGCGGGGUAAAGAAAGCGGUGUUGGACACGCGCACCGCUUCAGCGUUUGCGUGAACUGGCGCUAUGCGGAGUUUUGCGGGAGAACGGAUGCUGCUCGGUCCGCGCUAAUCGCCUUCUUCUCACGAGAGCUCGCGCUGCUGCUGCUGCACGCGCCACACUUCUUCUUGGGAGCGACUUUCGGCGGGCGCUGCGCACCGGGAGCCCGCGCGCGGAUCGUCAUCAUCAUCAUGGCACGAGACGGGGGAGAGUGGCGGGUACAGCAGCGCCGGGGGAGCAGCGCCGCGGUGGUGGGCGCGUUACUGGCCGCAGUUGUUUGUGUACAGGCCUUGUCCAUCCAUUUCACCAGGGAGCCAAAGUCCCAGGAUGCCUUGCAUGGACGUAGUGCAAUGCUGCGAUGCGAGGUCAGCAACCCAGCAGACGUGCGCUACACAUGGCUGCACAAUGGCCAGGAGGUGGCUGAUUCGGAGCGCCGAUUCCAUGAGGGUGGUAACCUCAAGUUUGCCUCCGUCGACCGUCAGCUGGACUCCGGAACCUUCCAGUGCGUGGCCAAGCAUGUCUCCAGCGGUGACGAGAUCCGCUCAGCCAAUGCCUCUUUCAACAUUAAAUGGCUUGAGAGUGGAGGAGUGACUCUGAAGGAGCCUGAAUCGGAGGCAGACAUCAAGAGUUCUGUAGCCGUCACACUGCACUGCCACAUCGACGGACACCCACGGCCGACAUGCCAGUGGUUCAGGGAUGGCGUUCGGCUGACGGAGAAGAGCCAUGAGAUCAACAACAAAGAGCGCACCCUCACUCUGCCAAGUGCCAGCCCCGAUGACAACGGCCUGUACUACUGCUGUGCCAGGAACGCUGCCGGGCAGGUCUGCAGCCGCAACAACUUUACCCUCAGCAUCGUAGACAAGAGCUUUCCUCAGCCUGUCAUUGUUCCAGAGGACCAGGUCGUCCUGCGCAACGAGGAGGCCAUCUUUCACUGCCAGUUUGCAGCCGAGCCUCCUCCCACCGUCGAGUGGUAUCAUGAAAAUGACCUCAUCACCAAUAAGUCCCGAUUUUUCCUUUUCACCAAUGGCACCUUGCUCAUCACCCAAGUGAAGAACCGCAACACAGGACUCUACAAGUGUGUGGCCCAGGGACCCCGGGGUCCUGCUGUCACCCUGCAAGCCAGCCUCCGACUGGCUGAGAUUGAAGACAUGGCACCCAGCAUGGAGAGGAUCUUCCCUGUGGACACCAUGCAGCGUGUGGUCUGCCGCCCACCACGGGGUCACCCUAAGCCAGAGGUGUGGUGGGAGCAUGGUGGGAAGCGUGUCCCUUCUGAGGGCCGGGUCCACCAGGAUGGUCUGGAGUUAGUUUUCAGCCCUACUCAUGGCACUGAUUCAGGGCUCUACACCUGCAUCGCCAACAACAAAGCCGGCCAGAGAAGACAGGGGCUCAUGGUCACUGUGGCCACUGCCCCGCAGUGGGUGACCAAGCCAGAGGACAGCCAGCUCGAAGAGGGUCGUCCGGGGUACUUGCACUGUCACACCAGCGCAACGCCAGAGCCAGAGGUUACCUGGCACCGCAACUAUGCCCUCAUCCGACCAGAGGAUGGACACUACAAGCUGUUCCCCAAUGGGACGCUGCGCAUCAACAGUGUGGAGGUGUACGAUGCGCAGCUGUACAGCUGCCAGAGCCGCACGGAGGGCGGGACGCUAAGGGGCCAGGCCCGUGUGAUGGUGCUCGAGAAGCUGAAGUUCACCCCGACCCCACAGCCGCUGCAGUGCCUGGAACUGGACAAAGAGCUGAGUGUGCAGUGCUCCGCCAAGGGCCGCGAGGCCCCCACCAUCCGCUGGACCAAGUCAGACGGAAGUGAGAUCCCUUCCCAUGUGGACCAGAACGGUGGCACCCUGCGCUUUUCCAAGGUGACACGCGGCGACGCAGGCAAUUACACGUGCGUGGCCUCCAACAGCCUGCAGGGAGAGAUCCGUGCUACGGUGCACCUCAUGGUAGCAGUGUACAUCCUUUUCAAGCUGGAACCAGAGAACACCACUGUGUACCAGGGCCACACAGCUGUCCUGCACUGCCAGGCCACUGGGGACCCAGAGCCUUACAUCCAGUGGAGGAUCAAGGACAAGUUCCUUGACCCCAGCAGAAGCAGGUUUCAUAAAAUGCCCAACGGAUCUCUGGUUAUCGAGGAUGUGAGCACAGAGGACACUGGAAAAUACACCUGUAUUGCAGGGAACAGCUGCAACAUCAGGUCAACAUCAGCAGACCUCUAUGUUGUGGAGAAACCCGUCCAACAGACCGUGGAGGAGGACGAUAAGGCCCCGUACAAGAUGAUCCAGACCAUCGGCCUAUCGGUGGGCGCCGCUGUGGCCUACAUAAUCGUCGUGCUGGGCCUCAUGUUCUACUGCAAGAAGAGACGCCAUGCCAAGAGGAUGCAGAAGAACACGGAGGGAGAAGAGCCCGAGAUGGAGUGCCUCAAUGGGGGUGCCCUGCAAGCGAACGGCCAGACCACAGCUGAGAUUCAAGAAGAGGCGGCGUUCACGAACCCGGGCAGUUCAGCAGCCACUAGCAAGCAGCACGGCAGCAACGACAAGCUGCACUUUCCUCGCUCCAGCCUGCACACCAUCACCACCCUGGGACGGGGUGAGUUCGGGGAUGUGCUGCUGGCCAAGGCCAAGGGCGUGGAGGCCAGUGAGACGGAGACGGCCGUGUUGGUGAAGAGCUUACAGACGCGUGACGAGCAGCUGCAGCUCCACUUCCGGCGGGAGGCUGACAUGUUCGGCAAACUGAACCACACCAACGUGGUGCGGCUGCUAGGACUGUGCCGCGAGGCCGAGCCGCACUACAUGAUCCUGGAAUACGUGGACCUGGGUGAUUUGAAGCAAUUCCUCAAGAUUUCCCAGAGUGAGGAUGAAAAGCGCCAUUCACUAAGCACCAAGCACAAGGUGUCCAUCUGCACCCAGGUAGCUCAGGGCAUGGAGCACCUGUCCAACCACCGCUUCGUGCACAAGGACCUGGCCACCCGCAACUGCCUGAUCAGUGCCCAGCGGCACGUCAAGGUGUCUGCCUUGAGCCUCAGCAGGGAUGUCUACAAAAACGAGUACUACCACUUCCGGCAAGUCUGGAUCCCUCUGCGCUGGCUCCCAUCCGAGUCCGUUUUUGAGGAGGAUUUCUCCACCAAGACAGACGUGUGGUCCUUCGGAGUGCUGAUGUGGGAGGUUUUCAGCAAGGGCGAUCUUCCGUACGCAAAAUUCAGCGACGACGAAGUUCUGGAAGGUUUAAAAGCCGGCAAGUUGAAACUGGCUGCUCCAGAGGGUUGCCCUUCCAAGGUCUACAAGCUGAUGUGGCGCUGCUGGGCCCCCAGUCCAAAAGAGCGGCCCUCCUUUAGUGAGAUUGUCAAUGCCCUUGGGGAGGUGCCAUUUGAUAGCAAAGUGUGAGUGGCCAGAACCCCUGGCCAGUCCCUCGCACUGGUCGAGAGUUGGCUUUCUGUUUCUGUGGAAUGUACAAUGUUUCUCGGGGGGGGGGGGUCUUGCAAAAAUUGGGACACUUUCAAAUUGGUUUGCAGACAUCCAGUGGAUGUGUUUCACGCCUUAAUGCCAACAUAGUUGCCCAACUGUUUGGCCUGUUUCAUUUCAUGGUCAUUCAACAGCAAGUGAGGUGUGUGGGGGGUUUUUUUUUUUUUUUUUCUUCUUCCCCUCUUUAAAAAUAACAUUUUAUUUUGGACACAUGGAGUCUUUGGAUCUACCUCUGCAGAACAACAUAGGGGGCCAUCACAACAGCCCAGAAGGACUGUCAAUGAACUUCGAGCUCCAUGUCAGUCAGUGUAUCCUGCAGUUAUUACUGGACUUUGGGACAGUUUCUGACUGCGCACCAGAAGUGUCUGUUGCUCGUCUCUGUUCCAGACAACUGAGGUAAAUUCAGGGCAAUGCUUUUUUCGUUUUUUUUUUUUUUUUUUUUCUCCUCCUUCAGUUGUAACACAAAUGGCUUUUCUGUUUUUGGUUUAAAGCCCAGUGCCAUAGGAAAGCCAAUAGGAAUGUGCCUGAGAAAUGUGGUUCAUACUAAUGUAGCUCACCGGGGUUAAAUUUCAAGUGUCUGAGAAGAGAUUGUCAACUUUUGUAUAUGAUAUCGCAUGAAGAAAUGAAGUGUUUAGUGUUGCACCUUGCAUUACUCCAUGGAGGGCAUGGAUAGUAUUCUGCUGUAUGCUAAGGUCACAUUGUAGGUCCUAUUAAAUGAGUUUCUACACAAGCCGAUUUUCCCAGUACUCUUAAAGGACGGUUUCCUCAGCAAUAUAUUGACAGGACAUCUUCCUGAGGUCAUCGAUCGAACAAAGUUGUACUCGGAGCCUCCCAACGAUUAAUGUUUUUAAUGUACAGAAUUAUGCACUAAUCACAUCUAAAAGUUUCUGUGGGGAGGGUUGGUGUUUUUGCUUUUCACUAUUUCUUUAUUGUAUUUUAGAAGGAUUU